AUGAUUGGCAACAUCUAUGUUAUCACCGCGAUCGCGGUGAUUGGGGGUAGUCUGUUUGGAUUUGACUUGUCGUCAAUGUCAGCUAUAAUAGGCACCCGGCAGUACAAUUGCUAUUUCAACCAAGGGCCCCAUGGACCUCCGUUUGACGACUCCCCAAAUUGCUCUGGCCCUCGGUCUGACAUACAAGGCGGCAUUACUGCUUCAAUGCCUGGUGGUUCUUUCAUUGGAGCUCUUUUGUCGGGCGUCUUGUCUGAUAGGCUCGGCCGGAAAUCAGCAAUCCAGGUUGGGUCCGUCAUUUGGAUCGUUGGGAGUAUCAUUAUCUGCGCCACGCAGAACAUUCCCAUGUUGAUGGUGGGCCGCUUUAUCAAUGGGCUGUCCGUUGGAAUCUGUUCUGCCCAGGUCCCAGUCUACGUGGCCGAGCUUGCACCUCCCCACCGCCGAGGCUUGGUGGUGGGAACACAGCAGUGGGCCAUCACCUGGGGUAUUCUAAUUAUGUUCUACCUCUCAUAUGGCUGCUCCUUCCUCGAUGGAAACAUCUCAUUCAGACUUCCCUGGGGCUUACAAAUGAUUCCUGCCAUUCUCCUCUUCUUUGGACUUUUACUGCUGCCCGAAUCUCCUCGAUGGCUAGCAGGAAAAGACCGAUGGGAAGACUGUCAUAAUGUACUAGCAUUGGUUCAUGGUAAGGGUGACCUUAACGAUACCUUCGUCCAGGUAGAAUUACAGCAGUUGAAAGAAACCUGUGAUUUCGAACGCAGUAAUCCCAGUCAAAGCUAUUUGGAGCUUUUCCAGCCCAACAUGAUCUGGAGAACGCAUAUUGGUGUCUCUGUUCAGAUCUGGUCUCAACUGAGUGGAAUCAACGUGAUUAUGUUAUAUAUUACCUAUGUAUUCGGCAUGACCGGCUUAAGCGGCAACGCGAACUUGGUCGCAUCGUCAAUUAGCUAUGUGAUCAACAUGGUUGUUACCAUUGUUGCUCUUCUCUAUGUCGAUCGGGUUGGACGUCGUUUCGCACUCAUCGGAGGUGGUAUUUCCCUCACCAUAUGGUGGUUCGUUUGUGCCGGUCUGAUGGGUAGUUACGGCUCACCCGCACCACCAGGAGGCCUCAACAACAUUGCAGCAGUAAGCUGGUUGAUCACUGGCGCUCCUUCAAAGGCUGUUAUUGCAUGCUCCUAUCUUGUUGUCGCUUCCUUCGCACCAACAUGGGGUCCUGUGUCUUGGAUCUACCCACCAGAACUGUUCCCGUUACGCCUCCGAGGCAAAGCUGUCGCACUCGCCACAUCAAGCAACUGGAUCUUCAACUUCGCGCUCAGCUACUUUGUACCGCCUGCGUUUGUCAACAUUAAAUGGAAAACCUAUAUUAUUUUUGGGGUGUUCAGUCUUGCAAUGACUAUACACUGCUUUUUAUGCUUUCCAGAGACGUCUGGAAAGACGCUAGAGGAGAUCGAGGAACUGUUUUCAGGGAACACUCGAGCUUGGAGAACAGGCGUGGCAAAGAAUCGUCUUCGGGAAAUGGACACCAAUGAUGUUGAACUUGAGGGGAUUAAGGCCCCAGUGCAUCUCGAGAAUGUGUCGGAUAAGAGUAAGGAUUCUUAG